AGGGGGAGCGUCGGGUCUUCCGCCCCAGCGGCCGGCGGGGUAAGAGGUGUCGGGGGUGUGGGGAGCCGAGGGUCCUCCUCCCGUGGCCCCGACCCUGGUCCCCGCGCAGCGCGCGCUCGCGGCCGACGCCCCGGCUGGCCCCCGGGAUGCCGGGCGUCUCGGCGCGCGGCCUCUCUCCGGAGCAGCGGAGACAGCUGGCGGUGAAGCUCACGCGCGUGCUGGCGCGCUACCGCCCUAUCCUGGACGCCUACAUCAUCGAAUUCUUCACAGACAACCUGUGGGCCACACUCCCAGGCUCAUGGCAGGAAGCGCUGGAUGGACUGAAGCCUCCCCAGCUGGCCACACAGCUGCUGGGGGUGCCCGGGGAAGGGGAAGUGGUCAGGUACAGCUCGGUGUGGCCCCUCUCCCUGCUCGCCCUGAAGUCCACAGCCUGUGCCCUGGCCUUUACCCGGACACCUGGGUUUCAGACCCCCUCCGAGUUCCUGGAGAACCCCAGCCAGAGCUCCCGCCUGACAGCUCCGUUCCGGAAACACGUCAGGGCCAAGAAGCAGCACGAGAUCCGGAGGCUGGGAGAGUUGGUGAAGAAGCUGAGUGACCUCACGGGCUGCACCCAGGUUGUGGAUAUAGGUUCAGGCCAGGGCCAUCUCUCCCGGUACAUGUCCCUGGGGCUGGGGCUGACGGUGAAGAGCGUUGAAGGGGAUCCGAGACUGGUGGAGAGAGCCCAGCGCCUGGACCAGGAGCUCCUGCAGGCUCUGGAGAAAGAGGAGAAGAGGCACCCACAGGUGGUCCUUGCCGGCCCCCGCUGCUCCCCACAACAUGUCGUUAGGUGGGUAGAGCCCACGGCCCUGUGCGAGGAGCUGCUGCUUCCCCUGGAGACCCUGCCUCGGGGCGGGGCCCGCCUGCUGCUGACUGGCCUCCAUGCGUGCGGGGACCUGAGCGUCGCCCUGCUGAGGCACUUCUCCUGCCCGGAGGUGGUGGCGCUGGCCUCGGUGGGCUGCUGCUACAUGAAGCUGAGCGACCCUGGUGGCUACCCGCUGAGUCAGUGGGUGGCCGGGCUGCCAGGCCACCAGCUGCCCUACCGGCUGCGGGAGGGAGCCUGCCACGCCCUGGAGGAGUACGCAGGGCGGCUGCGGAGAUCCGGCCCCGGCCUCCGCGCCCACUGCUACCGGGCAGCCCUGGAGACCGUCGUCCGGGGGGCCCGGCCUGAGCUCCGGAGGCCUGGCGUGCAGGGGAUCCCCAGGGUCCACGAGCUCAAGAUCGAAGAGUACGUGCAGCGGGGGCUCCAGCGGGUGGGGCUGGACCCCCGGCUGCCACUGAAUCUGGCCGCCCUGCGGGCCCACCUGUCCCAGGAGAACCGGGUGGUGGCCUUCUUCAGCCUGGCGCUGCUGCUUGCCCCGCUAGUGGAGACGCUGAUUCUGCUGGACCGGCUGCUCUACCUUCAGGAGCAGGGCUUCCACGCUGAGCUCCUGCCCAUCUUCAGUCCUGAGCUCUCUCCUAGAAACCUGGUUCUGGUGGCUACAAAGAGGCCGCUGGGGGAAGCCUUCUCUCUUCUGGAGACUGAAGACCGCUGACAGACACCAUCUGAGACUACCCAGCCCCACCACUCAGAGAGCCAGCAUCCUCUACCCUUGUUCCCUGUGUUUGUGUUCUACGAUGUAAAGAUGUAUUUUUAAUUUAUUAAACAAGUGUAGUCUUCA